AUGUUGACUCAGCUGCUCUUCAGUCGAAGCCAUUGCCACAGGGAGACGCCGAGGCUGCCGUGGCGCAACAUGACCACCAAGCGGGAAGCAAUACCAGCACUCCAACAGGCAGUGAGGGGGAAGCAGCACCAGCCGCCUCUGGCGAAAACAACAAUUCGCCUACGGCCGCUGUUGCAGGAGCAGGUGAAUUUGGGACAACGCACAGCGAGGAUUUCUUCACUACGGAAGUGGAAAGCCCGAUGGGGGAGGAAGAACAAUCCGCGCCGGAGGAGGGAGCAAAUCCAACAACCCUGCAGUCAAGGGAGACCAAUGGAGAUGGGGAUGCGCAGCCAGUACAAGAGAGCGUGGCGCCUCUGGCUGGAAGUGAGGGAUUGCUGCCCAAACAAAGCGAGGCCCCUGUUCCAGAAAAUAACCACUCCGAAUCCGGGAGCGGCGCGACCCAAGAGGACCGCCUCGCCCUGCUCAACGACGCGAAUUUGA